UUCCGAGACUCGGUGCGACGGAUCGUGACAGACAUCCCAUUGCUUCGACAUCGACUCGAAGGUCCAAGUGUUCGAGACGACGAUCCGAGUGUUAGGCGGACUAUUGAGCGGCCAUCUGUUUGCGAAAGAUCCCGAGAACGUCUGGGGAUGUCGUCUCGACAAUAACGACGAUGAUGAUCAGCAGCAGCACCAGCAGGAGAGAUCAUAUGCAGACCAGUUGCUCUUCUUGGCUAAGGAUCUUGCCGAUCGAUUGAUGCCCGCUUUUCAUGCCUCUUCAACUGGCAUUCCUUAUGCUCGCAUUAAUUUGAGAUACGGCCUCAUGCCGGAUGAAGGCACCGAAACGUGCACCGCUGGCGCAGGCUCAUUAUUGCUAGAGUUUGCCACACUCAGCAGAUUGCUUGGCGAUCCGAUCUACGAGAAUGUGGCCAAGAAGGCGUUUUAUGCUCUCUGGGAUCGCCGGUCUUCUAUCAACUUACUCGGGAAUACGAUCGACAUCCAAACUGGUCAUUGGUCGUAUGGAGUCUCAAGCAUCGGCGCUGGGAUCGACUCGUUUUAUGAAUAUAUCCUCAAGUCUCAUGUCCUAUUAUCCGAUGACUCGUUCCUAGAAAUCUGGAAUCAGGCCUAUAAAGCAGUGAUGACUUACAUGCGAUCACCUGAUGGAUUCUGGUAUCGAGGAGUGAAUAUGCAAACCGGAGCAGUGGCCACAACUACCAUCGAUUCAUUAUCCGCUUUCUGGCCUGGCCUUCAAGUCCUAGCUGGAGAUAUUGAAGCGGCCAUUCAAUCACAUAUGACGUAUGCUAAUCUUUGGGCCAGAUAUUCAGGAAUCCCAGAAGUCUUUGAUAUCCACAGAAAACAAGCUACCUCAUUGGGAUAUCCUCUCCGGCCUGAAUUCGUUGAAAGCAAUUACUUUUUGUAUCGGGCGACUAAGGAUGAGUAUUAUUUGGAAGUGGCUGAACGAGUGAUCACUGAUCUCGUUAAUCGGACUUGGGUCGAUUGCGGCCUGGCAUCGAUCGAGAAUCUCUUGACUGGGAAACUCGAAGACCGGCAGCAUUCAUUCAUGUUGUCCGAAACACUCAAAUAUCUAUACCUCACGUUCGACGAAGACAAUCCUAUCAACCAUGCAGAUCAGCCCUUUGUAUUUACCACCGAAGGACACAUUCUGUACAUUCCAAAUGUGGAUCAGAUGGCCGAAAACCAGGGAUAUAGGACGGGCUGGGAAGAACGAGAAUCGUUGGAGAGUGAUCAGGUGGUCUGGGAAAGCCACCCAACCGGCCGGCGGCAACAAUCCAAGCCCCCGACCUGUUCAGUCUACUCUCCAUCUCUCCAGAGUCCUAAGCAUUCCAAUCCAUUGAUGCUCUCGAUCACCGGUCGGACCGACUUCGAUUACGCGAAGAUGAUCACUGGAAGUCUGGACUCGUCUGUCCACCCUAAUCACUCUAAUUAUUCUCUCGACGAUCAGUGGGCCUCGUUUGGCUUCUGUGAGGUCCCAGUCGCUGAUGAUGAUUUGAUUGAAUUAAUCUUCAGUCAUUCGGCGGAUGAGAUCGAGAGAAGUCCCGGUGCGGAUAAAGUGGAAUUUUUCGGAGCCUCUUUAUCCCCCUCCUCCUCCUCAAGAUCAUCAACAUCAUCAUCAAGAUCAUCCUCGAGUGGAGCACCAGCACCGCUGGAUAGCCGAUCUUCUCCCGAUAUGCCAUCCGAAUCCGACGCUUUCGUCUUGGUCAAGAACCUUACCGGCUUGACGUUUUCCUUGAAGAAGCGCUUCGAUCAAGAUAGUUACGAGAUCGUCAAAGUUGGAUCGUACCAGUUGGCGCCCAAGACUCAAGUGGUUCUCUCGGAUCCUUAUGCGGUCAAGGUGUUGAAACCGCAGAGCGAGAGCGAGAAACUCUCGCAACGAGACCGGGAUCAUUUGACAGGGAUCCGGGUAUACUACGAGGAUUCCACCGGCUCGCCAAGUAAUCGAGAUUCUUCUUUGGAGGAGGAGGAGGAGGGAGAGUUGGACUCGAUUUCGCGGCCGGUGAUGCUAGCGACGUUUGGGCCAGAUGUCCGGAUCCCCGGGUCGACGGGGCUGAGUAUUGGGAAUGGAGCCUUAGAGGUCGUCGGCUUGAAUCCGCCGAACGAGUACGGCUGCGAGCCGAUCACUCAAGAGCCGGUUGUUGUUCACAAGAAGGAGCGCCCGGAGGACGUCGAUGGCAAGGUCGUCCUCGUCAAACGCGGCCAAUGCACGUUUGCCGAUAAGGUCCAGAACGCGCUCUUGGCGGGCGCUAAGGCGCUCAUCGUCGCUAAUCAGGACGAUACUCUCUUGAUCCCGACCUCCGAUCGGAUCCAAACUAGGGACCCAAUGGAGGACUUGUCGUCCGCUUCUUCUUCCUCCGACUCCGACUCGUCAACUGAUCAUCAAGAAAAUGCAGAAUCUAAUCACAGAUCGAGCGUGGUGGCGGAUGGCGACAACAAGGACUUAUCAUUAAACCUCAAUCUUCAAUCGAUCCCGCUCUUGUUCUGCACCCUCGAAACCGGAAGAUCGAUCGGCCAUCUCUUGGCUAAUCGUCAUCAUAACCCCCCGCUUUCUCGUCCCUCUCCUCCUCCUCCUUCGCCCCAUCAUCCGCCAAGAAAACUCAUGCUCGAAAUCGUACAGGACCCGCUCGACUUGCUCGAUCAUCACCAUCGAUCUUCGCAUAAUCUGCACCCGCAAUUCGUCGUCAUUAAUGGAUAUAAACUCGCUAAUUUACACUUGAAAUCCGUUUAGCACUUCUUUUUUUUCUCUUCGCAUCCUCCUCCCUUGUUUGGCUUUCCUGAUGUUAAGCUUUCUUUCUUUCUUUUCUGUUCUCUCUGUUCUUAUGCGCUUUCUCUUUUAUGUUUUUUGUUGUUUUUUUGUUGGGAUGGAUGGGAGGGAGGGAGCUCAAAAAAAAAAAAAAAAAACUCUAGAAAAAAACAAACACACACAGAGAGAAAUCGAGAUGUUUAUAUACAUAUAUGUGUGUAUAUCUUGCUACUUAAAUAUAUAUACAUCCCGUUUCCUGGC